GGUGACUUUGGCCUGGCCACCAAGGUGGAGUAUGAUGGCGAGCGCAAGAAGACCCUGUGUGGGACCCCCAACUACAUUGCCCCGGAGGUGCUGGGCAAGAAGGGGCACAGCUUUGAGGUGGAUGUCUGGUCCAUCGGCUGCAUCAUGUACACUCUGCUGGUUGGGAAACCGCCUUUUGAAACUUCUUGUCUCAAAGAAACGUACAUCCGAAUCAAGAAGAACGAGUACACCAUUCCCAAGCACAUCAACCCCGUAGCUGCAAACCUCAUCCAGAAGAUGCUGAGGUCCGACCCUGCCACGCGCCCAACCAUUGACGAGUUGCUGAAUGACGAGUUCUUCACCUCGGGAUACAUCCCCAGCCGCCUGCCCACCAGCUGCCUCACCAUCGCGCCCCGGUUUUCCCUUGCUCCCAGCGGGCUUGAACCGAACGGGCGAAAGCCGCUGACCGCACUCAACAAAGGACCGGACAGCCCUGCAGUAGAGAACUUGCUGGAGAAGGAGGAUGCAGCUGGGCUGCGGGAGCUGGGGGACGCUGUUGACUGCCACUUAGCUGACAUGUUACAGCAACUGACAGCUGUCAACUCGGCCAAGCCCAACGAGAGAGUGGUGGUGAGACAAGAAGAAGCUGAAGACCCAGCCUGCAUUCCCAUCUUCUGGGUUAGCAAAUGGGUGGACUACUCUGAUAAAUAUGGUCUAGGUUACCAGCUGUGCGACAACAGCGUCGGGGUCCUCUUCAACGACUCCACUCGUCUUAUCAUGUACAACGAUGGGGACAGCUUGCAGUACAUCGAGCAGAACAGCACCGAGUCCUUCUUCACUGUGAGAUCUUACCCCUCUGCCUUGAACAAGAAGAUAACACUAUUGAAAUACUUCCGGAACUACAUGAGCGAGCACCUGCUGAAGGCGGGCGCUAACAUCACGCCGCGGGAAGGAGACGAGCUGGCCCGUUUACCCUACCUCUGCACGUGGUUCCGCACCCGCAGCGCCAUCAUCCUGCACCUCAGCAACGGCACUGUGCAGAUAAACUUCUUCCAGGACCACACCAAGGUCAUCCUGUGCCCUCUCAUGGCUGCUGUCACAUACAUUGAUGAGAAACGGGACUUCCGCACGUACAAGCUGAGCCUCAUCGAGGAACACGGCUGCUGCAAGGAGCUGGCCAGCCGGCUCCGCUACGCGCGCACCAUGGUGGAGAAGCUCCUCAGUUCAAAGUCUGGCUCAGCCCGUGCAAAAUCCUCUGCUUAGGCCUUCUUCUUGAUGGACUCGACACCUGCGCCAAACUGUCCCAGCUGUGGACAGGGAGGGCUCGUGGCACCCCUGCACGCGCUGUAACCUCCAUCACUCGGCUGGGCUCCUGCUCCUGGGGACGGUCUGGAAGGAAGCCCCCGAUGCUGUGG